AUGCUUUUAGGCAACCCGAAUGUUGAUAUUAACUGCAAAGAUAUGCACAGAAACACACCCCUCUGGUGGUCUAUCCGACUGGGACAUAAUGGCAUCUCCUUCCGGCUGCUAGCUGAGGCUGGUGUGGAUCUUAACGCUGUCGGUUGGAAUAGUGGUCUAUCUACCACGCCUCUCUUUGAUGCUGUGGCAAGUCAGAACUAUUCGCUUGUGGAACGAAACCCCGAGUUAGACCUAAACCUUCUCGGGUCUUUCCGUUGGACACCCCUUGGCCACGCUGCACGCGACGGCAAUGUUGCUAUGGUAAAAUUACUGCUUCGGAGAGAUGAUCUUCGAUGUAAUGCAGUGAGCCCGGACGAAGAUUCCCCGCUUUGGCUUGCUACAAAGUGCGGUAGAACUGGGGUGGUUGAUCUCCUGCUGCAGCAGGGUAACCGAGUGGACGUUAACUGUCGAAACAACAAAGAUUGUGAAACUCCCCUGUUAGCGGCGGCUGGUUCCGGAGAUCGAGAUCUAUAUAUCGUGAAGCUCAUUUUGGAGGAUCCGCGAACAGAUCUCAAUGCUGUGGAUAAGUCGGGCAAGACUGCGAUAUAG